GGGCGGCCCCCUUUCAGCGAGAACAAAUUACACGGCACUAGGGGCGGGUCUUUACGCACAGAUCCCACGCCCGCCGUCUCGACGUCACCUCCGCAGUGUCGCGCGCACCCGUUGAUAUGAGAGGUGCGCGCGUCGUCACGUUACACGAAAGCUGCUGUUAAACUAAAGACGGCCCAGGCACUAGAAGGCAUCAUGGCUACACCGACAUCUCUAGAUCCAGAUUUGGUUCGGGAGGUGUUGGAAUGCCCCAUUUGCCUGGAGACCUACAACCAGGACCAGCUGCGACCCAAGCUGCUGCAGUGUGGUCAUUCGGUGUGUCGCCAGUGCCUCGAGAAACUCCUCGCCAGCACGAUCAACGGCGUGCGCUGCCCCUUUUGCAGCAAGGUGUCCCGCAUGAGCAGCAUUUCCCAGCUGGCCGACAAUCUCACCGUGCUGAAGAUCAUCGACUGUGCAAGUUCGUGCGUAUCGACCAUGGGUCUCAUGUGCAAGUCCUGUAAGAACCGCCUGCCCCGUCAGUACUGUCGCGACUGUGACGUCGUGUUGUGCGACACUUGCAAAACCGAGGGUCACCAGCGGCAAGGUCACGUCGUGCAGGCCAUUCGCGUGGCCGCUGAACAGCGCCGCAAAGACCUCGGCGGGAAGCUCGCUAACUUGCGUGAAGCCAUGGGUAACAUCCAAAAAAAGAAGGCUGCUAUUGACAACGUGGCAAAGUCGCUCAGACUGAAGUAUAAGGCUGUCCAACAGGAGUAUGCCAAGGCCGAACUGCGGCUCCAGGAAGAAUUGGGCCGCUCCCGUCGUGCCUUUGCCACUUCCAUGACUGAGAUAGAAAAGCUCAAUGCCCAGAUUCUAGAGGAGCAGACGUACCUGCUCAACAUCGCAGAAGUUCAGGUUGUGUCACGUUGUGACUACCUCACCAUGAGGAUCAAGCAGACUGAUAUCGCACUACUAGAGGAGGAAAGCAAUAACGAUGAAGAGGAGCUGGAUUUAAAAACCAACCUGCCUGUCAUUCUGAAACUACAGGAGCCAGAACUGGUGAAAACCGAGCAAUCGAAACCUUUAGAGGUGGGGCAGCUGACUACAAAACCCUGCACUGUCAACGCAGAGGAGGAAGAUGGCAUCGAAUUUGCUGCAUCCUCCGGGACCCCUUUAGACAUUUAUCGUGAUAUCGAUAUGGUGGCGGCCGUCGAAGAGGCCGUCUGUGCUUCGCCUGGUAGUUUCAAGUCCAAGUCGGUAGAUGGAGGGGGACCUUCUUCAGGGGCGACGGGUGGCCAGCUCUGCCAGUUUGUGAAAAAGAUGGGCUGCAAAGGGAAUCUGCCUGGCAUGUUCAACUUGCCUGUAAGCAUCUGCGUCACGCACCAGGGAGAGGUGCUGGUGGCCGACCGAGGGAACUACCGCAUCCAGAUCUUCAACCGCAAGGGCUUCCAAAGGGAGAUACGGCGUAACCCGAGCAGCAUCGACAACUUUGUCUUAAGUUUCCUCGGUGCUGACCUGCCCAACCUGAUUCCUCUCUCCAUUGCGAUCACCGCUCAGGGCCUGAUCGGUGUGACUGAUAACUAUGACAACUCCGUGAAGGUUUACACCACCGAAGGCCAUUGCAUCGCCUGCCAUAAGAACCAGCUCAUCAAGCCAUGGGGGAUCGCCGCCAUGCCGUCGGGUCAGUUCGUGGUGUCCGACGUCGAGGGCGGAAAGCUCUGGUGCCUGGCCGUGGAUCGUAACGUAGGGGUGGUGAACUACAACCGCCUGUGCUCGGCAGUCAGGCCCAAAUUUGUGACUUGCGACUCCUCGGGUACAGUCUACUUUACCCAGGGCUUGGGACUGAACAUCGAGAACAGACACAACGAGCAUCACCUCGAGGGAGGUUUCUCCAUCGGCUCAGUGGGUAUGGACGGGCAGCUGGGUAAACAACUCAGCCAUUUCUUCUCUGAGACGGAGGACUUCCGGUGCAUUACCGGCAUGUGCGUGGACUCGAACGGAGACUUGCUCGUGACGGACAGCGGCCGCAAGGAGAUUCUUCAAUUCCCAAAAGAAGGUGGCUAUAACGUUCUCAUUCAGGAAGGCCUUACCUGUCCUGUAGGAGUCGCUGUUACUCAAAAGGGACAGCUGCUAGUUUUGGACUGCUGGGACCACUGUGUAAAGGUCUUCACAUAUUUGCAGAGGAGACGUUCCUCUACUUGUUAAGAUGAUGGACAGUUUUUAGGUGUGUCACUUUAAUUCACAGGCAACAUUACAACGUGAUUGCUUCUUAGUGAAAUCUGACCGGUGGUCUGCUGGGAGAUUUGCGCAAUCAUGCCACCACUGCCAUGGAGCAAUUGGAGGGUGUAUAUUAUUUUGGCUAAAUGUUGGAAUACAGCACAACUGAUGGCAAUAACUGCGAUUUACAUUUCUGUGCUGCUCUACUGACAUUAAGAUGAAAGGUGAAUUACUUUGUCAAUAAGAAAUCUUAUUACAGAAAUGAGAUUUGGAAAACCUAAAUCGUGCUGAUUUAAAACACUAUUGGUGUGUGUGUGAGUGGUUGUGUGUUAUGCCCAUGCGUCAUAGUUUACUUCUCUCCCACAAAGCCUCAAUGUUAAAGUGCCCCCCAUAUCUGAAGCCUUUACAGACUUAACCGGUAAAAAAAAACAGAUGGGAUAUUUAAUUCACUUAAGUUCCCUACUGAAAAAAAAAAUACAUUAGCUGGUGAGCUGGUUUUAGCUAGUCUCCCAGCUUGGUCUUAGCAGGUUUUGCUGUAGCAGGCUGGUCUAGCUGUGUUUUGGUCACUUUAUAAGAUGGUCUAGUUUAGGGUGACCAUACUUUCCCAGGAUUUCAGCGACGUCCUCUAGAAGUCGUAUUUGUCGACCACAAACAUCAUUGAGGUUCUCACAUAUCAGUUAAAAACAUACACAAUCAUUGUAAUUUCAUUCUUCUUGAAAUGUAAUGGUUUCUUUUCUGAAAUAUGACCUGAAAUAAUAAACCUCGAUGAUGUAUGCAGUCGACAAAUAUGACUUCUGGAAGACACACCCGAAAUCCUGGCCAGGAAAAAUGUCACGUAUGGUCACCCUAGGCUAUCUGGACUUAGCUGGUCAGGCUGGAUUUUUCAGUAGGGUUGUCUGUUACUGGUAUUGUUAAUGUUAAUCAUUGUUUGUGAUUAGUUGUACCGUAAUCUGGUUUGUGAAGCCAAAGGACUGUGAAAUUCAGGCGCAUGUCACCAGAGUCCCUGUUGUAGUAAUUUGUCUAAAGUAACUCGAUUAAAACUAAAUCUGAGCAAUUUACAACGCUACACUGUUUAUGAUAUGAUAUUCUGCAUUAAAGUGUCCUUGUUUUUUAAGAGAUGGAUCUUAUAGCUUAGUCCAUCGGAAAUGAAGCCGAGAAUUAUUAUGUUUCAAUUUGGGCAGCCUGAUCUUACAGGAAUUCGUACGUGUUUUACGAGUCGGCUAAUUUGUAUAAAUUCGUACGAAAUGAGAUACGUCUUAUUAUCAUAAACAAAUAAUAGAACCCCACCACUAACCCAAAGGUCACAAGGAAAGCAGAUCGUACAAAAACUCUACACACAUGCUCGUACGAAUUAGUCACCUCGUAACUACAUACAAAUUCCCAUGAAAUUGCGUUGGAUCUGUUAAUGCUACUCAUUAUAUUAUUUAAUUUGCACAUUAAUAACUUCUGGUCUUUUGUUACUUUUUUCACAUUUAGUAAAUGCUCCCAAAGCUACAUUAAUGUUUUCUUUCUUAAAUUUACUUGUUUAUGAUAUGAAUUUCAGGAACUGUUAAUGCUAAUCUACAGUGCCGCUAUAAUCACACAUAUAAGCCCCAAAGAUGCACUAAUUUCCUGGGUCUUUAAUAUUACCCAUCAUGCCUUUGAAGGUCUCAGUAAUGAGAAUAGUUUUACACUGUUGUUCUUUCGAGAGAGUUUUUAAAGCAGGAUACUUUAAACUGAAAUUUCUUUCAUUAGGUCAAAUGUAUUAUGCAUUGUUGUUGUCUGUAAAAUGAGUCCCAAAUUCUUGUUUAUAUUGUUCAUGACCAAUUGUGUGCAAUAAAGUCAACAUAUCUGA